AUGGCAGACAAGAUGACGAGAGGCAUGUGGUUCAAUCCCAUUAUCAUCGACGACGAUGAGCAAGUUGAACUCGAAGGUGAUCCUCUGCCCAGCACACUUCCUCUUUCCAACACGCUUCCUCUUCCCAAUGGCCCUCCAGUUACCAAUGGCCCUCCAGUUACCAAUGGCCCUCCCGCUGUUCCCCUGCCGAACACGACCUAUUCCCGCCGUCCGGUUUGGAACAAUGCGCACAAGAAACCAGCUUUGCCGGUUGCUUCAGGAAUUCUAUAA